GAAGGAAGGUGGACAUGGGCCCUCCCAGACAAGAUAUAGUGAACUAUCCUGUGGCUGCAGUUGACUGCUCUGGGAGUCACCUGGGGCCAGUGUUUACUAGGGUUUAGCCAGGGCCAGUGAACAGGCAUCCAUGCUUUGCAGUGAAAUGCCACGCAGGCAGAGAGUGACAGGCAGUCAGUAGGAGCUGAGCUUUUCCCCCUUGGACGUCUGUUUCCUGCUAGGUUCAGGAGGGGGGGACUGGCUGCUGGUGGUGGUGGUGCUGCUGCUGUUGCUGUCUGAAUUCUUUCUCCACUCCAGGUAAGCAGACUCAGAGGGAGGGCACGCUGCAAAGCACGCCUUUGUACGAUGAACAAGAUCCGAAAGUUUUUCCGAGGAAGUGGGAGAGUCUUGGCAUUUAUAUUUGUAGCUUCUGUCAUCUGGCUACUCUUUGACAUGGCAGCUCUCCGCCUCUCAUUCAGUGAGAUCAGCACUGGGAUACUUAAAGAAAACAUCAGGAGGAGGGAGCAGACAGGGAUCAGAGUCCAGCCAGACCAAAUGAAGAUCCUUUACAACAACAUUCCAGGAAUGAGGCUGCCCCGGAAUGGAGUUUGGGGAAAGGAGAACUUUAGAAAGGCAGAGGACCAUGCAUUCAAGGUUGACGAGCAUAUGGACCAAGUCCAGAGGAGAGGGAAAAUGCAGAUCCCCUUGGGAAGGGGAAAAGCUGUACCUUUGUGGCACGCUGCACAUCUGCGAACCCUCCCAGAGCCUCUUACUGUACAGAAGACAGAUGGGAGAGACAGCAAACCUAAAGCCUCCUCCCAGCACAUGACUCCUAAGCAAACAACAGUUUCAUCACAGAGGACCCCAUCUGCGGCAUCAAGAGGAACGUUACUGACCAAUAUAUCAGUACACACAGAAGCCUUUACUACAAAACAAGAGGCCCCAGAGAAUCACACUCUCAGCAGGCAGGCAUCAAAGCAAACAUCUGAAAGGACCCUGAAUGUGACCAUCAGGGUCAGGACUGACAGCUCAAAGCAGCAGUCACAGACAGUAACAAAAUCGAAGACACACUUUGCCAACUCGCCAAUCCUGAAAUCUGGGGAAGACAUAGCCAUAAAGAAAACUGAGGCUCAGGGCAAAGAACUAAAACACAAAGCCCAUAAAGUGUUACCUCUUUUUAAGUUUAUUGCUGAUACAAGUCGUUUAAAGAAGCAAUCUAUGAAUGAGACACAGUUGGGAGGCUUGCCAGAAGAUGAUGGCGCCAAAGUGGCACCAGGGAAGAAACUUAAUAUUUCAGAAAGCCAGGUUGUGGUUAUAACCAAAGAGGAGGACCUGAGAACAGAUACCAAAGAGGGACCUGAUUCUAAAACCCAAACUAUCGUCCCUAAAUUACUGGGUGGAAGCCAAGAGAAACACUUCCCCAGAAAUCAAAGCGAGACAUCUUCCUCUCUGCUAGCUCCACAGAGAGCAGUGUCUCAAGCCAAGCUAUCCUUAGCAGGGGGACUCCAUUCAGGAAGAAGAAACUUGACUGCCAAGGCCCAGACUGUGCAAUACCAUCAAAACCACACAAAUACCCCUGAAAACUCUGGAAGGCAUCGUGUACUGAGAAUAGAUGUGACCCUUUCUCCAAGGGAUCCCAAUGCUCCGGGUCAGUUUGGGCGCCCAGUGGUUGUUCCGCCUGGAAAGAAGAAGGAGGCAGAACGAAGAUGGAAAGAAGGAAACUUCAAUGUCUACCUUAGUGACCUGAUUCCAGUGGACAGAGCCAUUGAAGACACAAGGCCUGUGGGGUGUGCAGAGCAGCUGGUUCACAAUGACCUCCCCACCACCAGCAUCAUCAUGUGCUUUGUAGAUGAGGUGUGGUCCGCUCUCCUGAGGUCCGUGCACAGCGUCCUCAAUCGCUCCCCUCCACAUCUCAUCAAGGAGAUUCUGCUGGUGGAUGACUUCAGCACCAAAGACUACCUAAAAGCUGAUUUGGAUAAAUACAUGUCUCAGUUUCCAAAAGUGCGGAUUCUUCGCCUCAAAGAGAGACACGGCUUGAUCAGAGCGAGGCUGGCAGGGGCACAGAAUGCAACAGGGGAUGUGCUGACAUUCCUAGACUCUCAUGUGGAAUGCAAUGUGGGCUGGCUGGAACCGCUUCUGGAAAGAGUUUACUUAAAUAGGAAAAAAGUGGCCUGCCCAGUAAUUGAAGUCAUCAAUGACAAGGACAUGAGUUACAUGACAGUGGACAACUUCCAAAGAGGUGUCUUCACGUGGCCCAUGAACUUUGGCUGGAGAACAAUUCCUCCAGAUGUUGUUGCAAAAAGCGGGAUUAAAGAAACUGACGUGAUAAGGUGCCCAGUCAUGGCAGGUGGAUUAUUUUCCAUUGAUAAAAGUUACUUUUAUGAACUUGGAACUUAUGACCCUGGUCUUGAUGUUUGGGGAGGAGAAAAUAUGGAGCUGUCAUUCAAGGUCUGGAUGUGUGGUGGUGAAAUCGAGAUUGUUCCCUGUUCCAGAGUGGGCCACAUCUUCCGAAACGACAAUCCGUACUCCUUCCCCAAAGACCGCAUGAAGACGGUGGAGCGGAACCUGGUGCGGGUGGCUGAGGUCUGGCUGGAUGAGUACAAGGACCUCUUCUACGGCCACGGGGAUCACCUCAUAGACCAAGGGUUGGAUGUGGGCAACCUGACCCAGCAAAGGGAGUUGCGGAAGAAGCUGAAGUGCAAAGGUUUCAAGUGGUACUUGGACAAUGUCUUCCCUGACCUGAAGGCACCCGUUGUGAGAGCUAGUGGUGUGCUUGUGAAUGUGGCCUUGGGCAAGUGCAUUUCCGUUGAAAACACCACAGCCAUGCUGGAAGACUGUGAUGGGAGCAGCCAGCGUCAACAAUUCAAUUACACCUGGGUAAGACUGAUUAAACAUGGACAGAGGUGCCUGGCGCCCGGCACUGAUAAGGGACCCCUGAGACUCCAGCCAUGUGAUAACAGAAACACCAGCCUCAAGUGGCUGCACAAAUCUGCAUCGGGCUUUCAUCCAGAACUGGUGGAUCACAUUGUCUUUGAAAACUAUCAGCAGUUGCUAUGCAUGGAAGGAAAUGCUUCUCAGAAGACCCUGACAGUGGCCACUUGUAACCCAAUGGAACCAUAUCAAAAGUGGAAAUUUGAACAAUACUAUGAAGGCUAAAGAAAGAUGGUUUAUCUAGUUAACCCUCCAGAUUAUCUGUGAAAAUGAGACUAAAGUUGGUGACUGUAUUUCUUUCCAUGGUAUUUUAAGUUUUCCAUUUUAAUAGCAUUUAAAUGGAAGGUUAUUUUUUUAAAGUACCAAAUGAUAACUCAGGGAAACAGGUCACCAUUGGACUGGAAUUCUUCAGCUCUAGGUGGCCUUUGGAUGUGUCUGUGCCUGCCCAGUGCUGUAGUGCAUACUCCACGUCUUCCUCACGCACUCUGACAGGUAACCAGAACCUGUAGGUUACCUACAAUGAUGUCAAAACCAUGACUGCUGUUGAGCAGUUAUUCUUGCCCAUGAGUAGUGUUAAAACCAACCGGAUUCUGCUUUCAUCAAAUACAUCUUCACAGAUUCUCACAGCUGGAAGACUCAGCUAGCUGCACAGAGACACUGUCCUACUGAGAUAUCACCAUGUUUACCUGACAGUGUAUAGUAGUACUGCUCAACCCCAGGAUCCUGUUGUGAGAAGCAGCGGGCUGUGUUCCCACCCAGCUCCCACACGGCUAGCUUUACCCGAAAUAAUUAUACAGAAACUAUAUUCCUUUAAACACUGCCUGGCCCAUUAGUUCCAGCCUCUUAUUGGCUAACUCUCACUUCUUGAUAAACCCAUUUCUAAUAAUGUGUGUAGCAUUAAGAGGUGGUGGCUUUCCGGAAGAUCUUAACCUGCAUCCAUCUUGGAGAGGAGAGUUAUGGUGACUGCCUGACUCGGCUUCUUUCUCCCAGCAUUCUGUUCUGUCUACUCCGCCUACCUAAUUUUCUGUCCUAUCAGGGCCAAGGCAGUUUCUUUAUUAACCAAUGAAAACAACAGAUAAGACGGAUGACCCUCCUCUAUCAGGAUCCUUCCUAAUGGUGAGGUUGAACUGGAUGACCAGGAAGUUUUCUUCUAAAUCUGAAGCAGUAGGGGAAAAAAACAAGUGAAAAGGAAGAAGACUUAAUGUAAUCAAUUCUGUGUAUUCUUUCAGUUCGUUUUGUGCUUUUUAGCAAUACUAUAUUUUUAAAAAGCUGGUCAUAGCAGCGA